AUUGUAGAUUCAUUGUAUAUAUUUCAUGUAUCUUUUGUUGUGACCUGUACUGAACCCAGUGGAUAUCUACGUACAAUAUAUUUAAAGGUCUUCAUUCAUUCAUUCAUAACCCGGGGCUCCGACACGCAAUCACUCGGACCAAGGAGGUCCUUGCUCGGACUCAGAAGCCCCCAUGGGUUCCACAGAGAACAUACCUGUCAUCGCCAGGGCCUACCCAACUGGUCUACAGACUACACAAAAUAAUAGUUGGGACCAAGACUGUGCAUGGUAUCUGGUGUUAGGUGUGGAUAGUUACUUUCGUUACUUCAUCAAUACCAUCUAUGGCGUUUUUGUUGGUCUAUCCUAGAGAAGAGCUCUUGCCGUUCCUGCUACUGCUGGUGUUGUUACUACUGUGGCUGUGCAUUCGGCAGUCAGGGCGGAAGAGCUGGCCUCCCGGGCCGCCCGCAUGGCCGGUUAUCGGACACCUGCCAUGGUUAGGACAGCGGUCGCACGUCAACCUGACAAAUUGGAGUAAAGAGUAUGGGGACAUCGUUGCCGUACGGUUUGGUUCUGAACACGUUGUAGUGCUGAACAGCUACCGGGCCUUCAAGGAAGCCUUCGUGGACCUGGGCCCCAAGUUCGCCGGGAAAGCAAGUCUGCCGUUAGCCAAACUGUUCAGCGACAAUGGGAAAGGAAUAAUAUUUGCACCGUACAGCGAAGCUUGGAGAGAACAGCGAAAGUUCGUUCUAAGGGCCAUGCGACUGCUACGAAACGGGGCAUCAAACGAAGAAACCAUCAUCGACCAGGAGGCCGGAACUCUCGUGACGUCACUACUACGUCAUCGGGGCGAGCCUUCGAACAUCCAGUCGGACGUUGCCCUCUCCAUCUUUAACGUCACUUGUUCUGUUGUGUUUGGACAGCGCUUUAAGCCCGACGAUGUAGCUUACAAAGAGUUUGUUUCUUCCAUGAAUAUCAUCUCGACAAGCCUCGGUUCCCUGGGACUUUCUAACGCUUUCCCUUUUCUCAGGAAAAUUCCUUUUCUUGGGUUCAAGGACGGCAACGAAGACCUCGAAUCUGGAUUUAAACAAAUGCGUGGCUUCAUUGCAAACCAGGUCCACCAGCACAGGCAAAUGCUUGACCCAAACGACAUCCGCGGUUUGCUGGACGUGUUCCUGUUGGAGAUUCAGCGCCGGGAAGACGACGGGGAGGAUCCGGGAAGCUUCACGGAUGAUCAGAUGAUGCAGACGGUCUUUGACCUCUUCAUCGCCGGUGUGGAAACCGUCCUGUCCGCCUUCAUGUGGCUCGUGUUCUACGCUGCGAAGUUCCCCACCGUGCAGACGACAGUCCGAGCCGAGCUGGACCGGGUGCUGAUGAGAGGAGAGAGCGUCUCAGCCGCGCAUCGCCGCGCCCUGCCCGUUACCGAGGCAACCGUGAUGGAGAUCCUCCGCCUGGCCACGCCCUCUCCGCUCAACUUUCGCGCCACCGCGUGUGACGUCACGCUGCGGGGGUACCGCCUACCCGAGGGCACCUGGACGCUGAUGAACUGCUGGGCUGUCCACAGGGACCCGCUGCAGUGGACAGAACCCGACACGUUCGACUUCACCCGCUUCCUGGACAGGGAGGGGAGGGUGACGACUCCGCCCGCAUGGAGGCCUUUCGGUAUCGGUCGCCGUACCUGCCUGGGCGAGCAGCUGGCCAGGACGGAGCUUGUUGUGUUCUUCGCGGCGCUGCUGCAGAACUUCACCCUCAGCCUGCACGUUCCGGUCGGUGCCCCCCUCCCCUCGGUGGAGGACGCGGUCCUGGGAGUGGCGCUCAUGCCGGCCGCGUUCCAAGUUCGCGCCGUUCCCAGACUAGCCCGAGUACCAUCCGGGUAGUAGUUCGCUCCUAUGUUCGCUUCUGGAACAGCAGAAGAAGCGAUUGUAUUGUAUGAUAAACGCCGGAGCGAUUUUCAACGUUGGAUAGGUUCUCUUAUACCGGGACAAAACUUCCUUCAACGGCAACCAAAGGGUUUUUAGAGAGAAAGUUCUGUAGAUAACGUUUCUGCCAGGAAAAUUAAUCUGUGUUGGUGGUUGAAAUUUUCUUCAGAUGCAUUGUAGUCAUUUUGUUAUGUAAGGUCACAGCAAGUAAAUUUUAUGGAUGACAUCAGUGCUUUCAUUUACUAGUAAUCAAUUUUGAAGAAAAAAAAGAAUUUCCCCCUUCCGGAAAUGGUAGCCUGUGUUUACACAAUCUCUCGCUGGCUGGGGUUAAUGACCGGUGGCGGCAACUGCAGGGUCGGCCGCUAGGAGCGCGAUUUCAUUAAGGCUACGGAAAUGGUGAACAUGAGAAAGUCCCCAAUUGGUGCUACUUUUACUAUCGAGCUAUGUUUGAUUUUAGCUUCACUUCAAAUUUAGUUUCACUGCAAAUACGGGCAUGGCUACAUACACCUCACUAGUGUCACUUCUACAAAUACAAUCAAUGCUACAUUUGAAGUGAAGCUAAGAUUAAACAUAGCUCGAUAGUAAAAGUAGCACCAAUUUGGUAGCCAUAUGACUGCAGUUGUCAACUUGGUAAGUGAUACCAGCAGUCUACCAGGGAAAUCUAGCCAUUUUGUUUUUGUCGCACUCUCACAAUAAAUUUGGAGCUAGCUAUAGUCGAUCUGCAGAGGAUAUCAUCUAUAAAAUUUACUUACUGUGGACUUCUCAUCUUGUAGCGACGUUCACAUGCGUUUUCAUCACCAAAACAUUUCGACAAAGAGUGUUAGUAUGUUCUAUUAUAUAUAUGUUCCGCAGAAGUGAUUGUAAGUAUGUAAGUGGAAGAGGUAAGGACCUGUGCGGUGAUUUGUAAUCUCCAUGAAAAAUGGAGAUAUAGUUUUGGUUGUGUCUUUCUGUUUGACGGUGUUUCCGGACUUUUGUAGUUAGCAUAGCUCAAGAGCCUCUGGAUAGAUAACAAUGACUGGGUAGGUGUUGGGAAGACGAAGGUCAAAGUCAAUUUUAGGCCCCCUGGUAUGUGACCUUGGUACUGCAGCAGAAAAUCCGUUUUUUUAAUCUUUGGACCUGUAUGUGCUAUGGUCUUGAUUUUUUAUUUGACUUGUACUUUAUGGUGCGGAAAUAUAGCUUAGUUAGAUAGCUGUGGCUGAGCUGGGCCAAACAGGGAAAUGGUGGACUAUUCAAGAAUAAAUUCUACAAAAGAAAUUGAGUGUAACAACAAAAUCUUCGCAAAACAAUGUAAACUAAUCUCCAAGCAGAUGUAAAAAGGCAAAAUAGUAACGUUUCUGGAGCUCCUGGUUCUACGAAGCAAGGGCUCAGUGCUCUAGCCUGGGUACCAUCUUCCGUAGUAACCACUCGCUCAAUUUUUCGCUUGCUUAGCCGUGGUUAGCAAGCGAAAAGAUUGAGUCUGCGGUCACUACGGAGGAUGGUACUCAUGCCACCAGUGCUUCGAGAGCUUCUGUUCAGUUCAAUUUAUCAAAAUCAACUUGCAUGUACAGUGUACACACUAUACAAUAGAGUCACAAGAAACACUAUACCUGUGCUUCAUGUUCAGGGUAGGGUGACAGUUUCUGGCCCAAACUCAAGAUCAACACGCACCGCGCUGUGACUAUUCAGAACGACAA